AUGGCACGCCCAGUGGGGACGGUGCUAGAGCAGUUGCGAAGUUGCAUGAAACUUAGAAGUGGCAAGUUAUAUAAUAAGCCACGAAGUAGUGUGAAGAUGUCAGAAACUAACACUGAUGAAGUUCCACGAGGGACUUUAUCCAAUACGGAAACAGUAGUUUCACAGGUUGUCACUUUGCCGCCGAUGACAAAUGCAACCCUAUCCAUGUCGACUACGGGUGCGGUUGGAACAUCAAUUCCUCAGCCUCCACCGGGGGGUUCAGGAUCAAUGAUAACGACGUUCAGACCUUAUGUGCCUCGCUUUGGCACCACAAAUCCGCUUUAUGGAAUGACGUAUUCCUUAAUGCCCGGAUAUCAGUCGACAUCCAGUGCAUCACUGUUUUCAGAAACAAACCCUCCCUUGAAAGGAUCAACGCAAGGGGGCAACAUAAGGAACACUCCUCAGAACAGAACCAUGCCGCUUUCGAACACUUCAGUAGCGGUGUUGAAACAACAAAUGGACGAUAGGUUUACGCUUUCCCCUCAUGCUUCCGGUCAUAUUCAGCUUGCUAGGUUGAAAAUGAGGGACUUAUCGGAUUCUUGGGUUUGGGAAAACCCUAGUAAUGCUAAGACUGAACAACAAAAUUACUCUCAGGAAGGAAUGGAGUCUUUGCAAACUGAUACUAGAUUUGAAGACAAUCUCAAGCACUCAGCAGAUGAACAUAAUCCUGAAGAAGGCUUUGCUCGAACUCCCCAUUCCUCCUCACUAAUGACUCCGGUGAAAAUCAAGCGCCGGAUGAUGCGGCUGGAAAGAAGAAAAGCUCGUGCUGCUGAACUUAGUCAGCAAAACAAAGAAACGGACAAUCGCAUUGUGUCAGCAGCAGUUGAACGCUCCAAAGGAUUUGAUACCACUAUCACCGGGAAGUAUAGUAUAUGGAGGAAAGAAUAUGAAAACCCAAAUUCUGAUUCCACUGUUAAACUCAUGCGAGACCAAAUAAUAAUGGCCAAAGCUUAUUCCAAUAUUGCAAAGUCUAAGAACAAAACUGCUCUUUACGAAGCUCUUGUCAAACACUCCAGAGAUAGUAAACUAGCUAUUGGAGAUGCAAAUUCUGAUGCCGAGCUUCAGACUGGAGCACUUAAUUGGGCAAAAGCUAUGGGUCACAUUCUUUCUGUAGCAAAGGACCGACUUUAUGACUGCAUUUUAGUGGCAAGGAAGUUAAGGGUGAUGCAUAAUUUAAAUAUCUAA